AUGUCCAACUCUCUCGAGCAGCUCAAGGCCACUGGCACUGUUGUUGUCAGUGACUCUGCCAUCGGCAAGUACAAGCCUCAGGAUGCCACCACCAACCCGUCCCUGAUCCUCGCCGCGACGAAGAAGCCCGAGUACGCCGCGCUCCUGGACGCUGCGGUUGCCCAGGCCAAGUCUGAGGGCGGCUCCAUCACCGAGCAGGUCGACUCCGCUCUUGACAACCUCCUUGUCCAGUUUGGCAAGAAGAUCCUUGAGAUCAUCCCCGGCAAGGUCUCCACUGAGGUCGAUGCCGCUUUCUCUUUUAGCACAAAGGCUUCGGUCGACAAGGCACUCCACAUCAUCAAGCUCUACGAGAAGGAGGGCAUCAGCAAGGACCGUGUCCUGAUCAAGAUUGCCUCGACAUGGGAGGGUAUCAAGGCCGCCGAGAUCCUGCAGCGGGACCACGGCAUCAACUGCAACCUGACCCUCAUGUUCUCGCUUCCCCAGGCUAUUGCCGCCGCUGAGGCCGGUGCCUUCCUCAUCUCUCCUUUCGUCGGCCGUAUCCUCGACUGGUUCAAGGCGGCCAACAAGAAGGAGUACGCCAAGGAGGAGGACCCGGGUGUCGCCAGCGUCAAGAGCAUCUUCAACUACUACAAGAAGUACGGCUACAAGACCAUCGUCAUGGGCGCCUCUUUCCGCAACACCGGCGAGAUCACUGAGCUCGCUGGCUGCGACUACCUGACCAUCUCCCCCAACCUGCUCGAGGAGCUCAUGAACUCCAGCGAGGCCGUCCCCAAGAAGCUCGACGCCUCGGCCGCCAGCUCGCUCGACAUCGAGAAGAAGACGUACCUCAACGAGGAGGCCAACUUCCGCUUCGACUUCAACGAGGACCAGAUGGCCGUCGAGAAGCUCCGUGAGGGCAUCAGCAAGUUCGCGGCCGACGCCGUCACCCUCAAGGGCAUCAUCAAGGCCAAGCUGCAGUAA